UAUAUAAAUUUGCGCAUGCGCAGCUUUUUGCAGAGAACUUUAGACUCUGUGGUUACCAAGGAGAAAGGAGUGGUCACUGGAUAUCACUGCAUUUCACUGAAAGCAGAGGAGAAAGAGAAGGCUUUACAGAGGAGAUCAAUCUUACAGCUAUUGGGAAAGAUGAGUAUACCUCAAGGAGACCCUGCUAACGGAGCUAAGAUAUUCAAGCAGAGAUGUGCCCAAUGUCAUACGACUGAAGCUGGUGGUAAGCAUAAAACUGGUCCUAACUUACACGGUUUGUUUGGUCGUAAAACCGGUCAAGCCCCAGGCUUCACUUAUACUCAAGCGAACAAGAGCAAAGGAAUAACAUGGGGCGAGGACACUCUAUUUGUAUAUCUUGAGGCACCCAAGAAGUACAUACCAGGGACUAAGAUGGUGUUUGCUGGACUUAAGAAGCCACAAGAGAGAGCAGAUCUAAUAGCUCACUUAAAGGAGGCAACCAAAUAAUUGUACCAAUUGAUAGAGUGAAUUGUAUCGUAUAAUGAAUGUACAACAACAUAUUGCUAUUAUUAUUAUUAUUAUUUAUUGAGGGAGACACUCUCUACAUUACGCAUACAUACCUUCACUAUCAGUAUUAUUAUUAUUAGUAAGAAUUUAAUGUGUUUAAGAGCUCCUAUAUAAUAUUACCACCAAGUGGACAUUAUUAUUAUUAUUUAUUUAUUUGUACAAAGUUACUUAUUUUAGUAGAUUGUUGUUGGAAUUUGUUUAUUUUA